CGCCCCCGGCCCUCCCCCGGCGGCAUGGCGGGGCCCGGCUCCUGACGGCCGCGCCGCCGCCUCGGCCCCCGCCCCGUCUCCUGGCCCCGCCUGGCCGCCCCCGCUCGCAUGUCCGCGCCGCCUUAGCCGAGGAUGCUGAGGAUGAAGCUGCCGCUGAAGCCGACGCACCCCGCGGAGCCGCCGCCAGAGGCGGAGAGGCCCGAGGCGGACUCGCGGCCGGGCGCGAAGGCACCGCAGCGCCGCCGCCGGGACUGCCGCCCCCCGCCGCCGCCGCCCGCGGGCCAGUCGCGGGGCCCCCCGCAGCAGCAGCAGCCGCCGCCGCCGCCCCGGGGGCUCGGGCCGCCUGUUGCUGGCGGAGCGGCGGCGGGGUCGGGCAUGCUGGGCAGCGGCGGCGGGCCCGCGGUGGCGCUGCGCGAGCAGGAGCGGGUGUACGAGUGGUUCGGGCUGGUGCUGGGCUCGGCGCAGCGCCUGGAGUUCAUGUGCGGGCUGCUGGACCUGUGCAACCCGCUGGAGCUGCGAUUCCUUGGCUCGUGCCUCGAGGACUUGGCGCGCAAAGACUACCACUACCUGCGCGACUCGGAGGCCAAGGCCAACGGCCUCUCGGACCCGGGGCCGCUGGCCGACUUCCGCGAGCCCGCCGUGCGCUCGCGCCUCAUAGUCUACCUGGCGCUGCUGGGCUCGGAGAACCGUGAGGCCGCCGGCCGCCUGCACCGCCUCCUGCCCCAGGUGGACUCCGUGCUCAAGAGCCUGCGUGCAGCCCGGGCCGAGGGCUCUCUGGGCGGCGCGGAGGACGAGCGCAGCGAGGACUGUGACGGCGAGGAGGACGCCCAGAAAGACGGGUCCGGGCCGGAAGGCAGCGGCGCGGAGUCCCGGGCCGGCAACGGGCUCGGCUUCAGGGCCCAGGAGGAGCUGCUGCUGCUCUUCACCAUGGCUUCCCUGCAUCCGGCUUUCUCCUUCCACCAGCGGGUCACCCUGAGGGAGCACCUGGAGAGACUCCGCAGCGCGCUCCGCGGGGGUUCCGAAGACGCGGAGGUGGAGGUUGGGCCGUGCAACUUUGCGGGCCACAGGGCCCAGAAUGACUCUGCUCAUGGUGAUUACAUGCAAAGUAACACGACCAGCUUCAUAGAACAAGCGCCAGUGCCCCAAGAUGGACUUACUGUGACACCUCACAGAGCCCAGCGAGAAGCUGUACACAUUGAGAAGAUAAUGUUGAAAGGAGUCCAGAGAAAAAGGGCUGACAAAUAUUGGGAAUACACCUUCAAAGUAAAUUGGUCUGAUCUUUCAGUAACAACAGUAACAAAAACCCACCAAGAACUACAGGAAUUUCUGCUGAAGCUUCCAAAAGAGUUGUCUUCAGAGACUUUUGACAAGACCAUCUUAAGAGCGCUGAAUCAGGGUUCCUUGAAAAGGGAAGAACGGCGACAUCCUGGUCUGGAGCCUGUCUUAAGGCAGCUAUUUUCAACUUCAUCACAAGCUUUUCUACAGAGUCAGAAAGUACACAGCUUUUUUCAGUCCAUAUCGUCAGAAUCUUUACACAGUCUGAAUAACUUACAGUCCUCUCUGAAGACGUCUAAGGUAUUAGAACACUUGAAAGAAGACAGCUCAGAAGCUUCAAGUCAGGAAGAAGAUGUGUUACAGCAUACCAUAAUCCACAAGAAACAUACUGGGAAAAGUACCAUCGUGAACACUAUUGGUACAAGUUGUUCUCCAUUGGAUGGGCUGGCUUUGCAGUGUUCUGAACAGAAUGGAAUCGUGGAUUGGAGGAAGCAGAGCUGCACCGCCAUGCAGCACCCAGAGCACUGUGGGACCUUAGCUAACCAGCAUUCAGCUGAAAAAUGGAGCUUAUCUUCAAUAAAUAAGAAGAAAGGAAAGCCACAAAUAGAAAAGGAGAAAAUUAAGAAAACUGACAACAGAUUGAAUAGUAGAAUAAAUGGCAUUAGGCUCUCCACUGCUCAGCAUGCCCAUGGUGGUGCCAUAAAAGGGUUGUUAUUUUUAGACGUGAAUUUGGACACUGGAUCUGGACAUGACACAUGUGGAGAAACAUCUUCAGAGAGUUACAGUUCUCCAUCUAGCCCACGACAUGAUGGGAGAGAAAGCUUUGAAAGUGAAGAGGAAAAAGAUAGAGAUACAGACAGCAAUUCUGAGGACUCUGGGAAUCCACCUACAACCAGGUUUACAAGUUAUGGUUCUGUCAACCAGACUGUCACUGUCAAGCCACCUGUUCAAAUUGCUUCAUUAGGAAACGAGAACGGAAGCCUUUUAGAGGAUCCCUUAAACUCGCCCAAGUAUCAGCAUAUUUCUUUUAUGCCAACUUUACACUGUGUCAUGCACAAUGGUGCCCAGAAGUCUGAGGUUGUUGUACCUUCACCCAAAUCUGCUGAAGGCAAAACAAUAGGAAUGCUUGUUCCUAGUCCUGUUGCUCUUUCUGCAAUAAGGGAGUCCACAAAUUCAGCCCCUGUAGGAAUACUCGCACCAACGGCUUCUACUGGCGAGUCUGAAAAGCACCUCGAAUUACUGGCUUCCCCUUUACCAAUUCCAUCAACUUUCCUUCCCCACAGUGGCACCCCUGCUUUGCAUCUCACAAUUCAGAGGCUGAAGGUAGCACCGCCACAAGGAUCUUCUGAGAGUUGCACAGUUAAUGUCCCCCAGCAACCAGCCGGGAGUCUGAACAUCGGAUCACCAAACACUGCCUUUAUUCCUGUCCAUAACCCAGGUAGUUUUCCAGGAUCUCCCGCUGCUACCACGGAUCCCAUCACAAAAUCUGUAUCCCAAGUGGUAGGACUAAAUCAAAUGGUGCCUCAAAUGGAGGGAAACGCAGGGACAAUCCCUCAGCCUACCAAUGUGAAGGUAGUUCUUCCAUCAGCUGGCCUCUCAGCUGCACAGCCACCAGCUUCCUACACUUUACCGGGCUCUCCCCUUGCUGCCAGUGCAUUACCCAACCAGAAUUCCAACGUGCUAAACACAGCGGCCACUUCCACUCAGUCCCCGAGUGCGGGCCUCAGUCAGGUCCAGGCCACGGUUCCUCCCGCAGUUCCUACCCACACCCCAGGCCCUGCCCCCUGCCCCAGCCCUGCGUUGACACACAGUACUGCACAGAGUGACAGCACGUCUUACAUCAGUGCUGUGGGAAAUACGAACACUAAUGGGACAAUAUUGCCACCCCAGCAGAUGGGCUCAGGUCCGUGUGGUUCUUGCGGGCGAAGGUGCAGCUGUGGGACCAAUGGAAACCUUCAGCUAAACAGUUACUAUUACCCUAAUCCAAUGCCCGGACCAGUGUACCGAGUCCCGUCAUUCUUUACUCUGCCAUCCAUUUGCAAUGGCAGCUACCUCAACCAAGCACAUCAGAGCAAUGGAAACCAACUUCCUUUUUUUCUGCCUCAGACUCCAUAUGCAAAUGGACUGAUGCAUGACCCAGUCAUGGGGAGCCAAGCCAACUAUGGCAUGCAACAGAUGGCAGGAUUUGGGAGAUUCUAUCCUGUAUAUCCAGCACCCAGUGUAGUUGCCAACACCAAUGGUUCGGGGCCCAAGAAGAAUGGGAAUGUUUCAUGUUACAAUUGUGGUGUGAGCGGGCACUAUGCACAGGACUGUAAGCAGUCGUCCAUGGAGGCCAACCAGCAAGGCACUUACAGACUGAGAUACGCACCUCCCCUCCCCCCUUCUAGUGAUACGUUGGAUUCUGCAGACUGAAACAAGUAAAGCCUCCUUAACACACUGAAGUGGGGGCGAGUUACGGUGGGGUGUGGAGGGGAGGAAAGGAAAGGUAUUUUGUUGUUUGUUUUUUUUUGUCUUUACAUUUCCUAGAUUUCUAUGCAGUUGGGGCUUUUCACUUCUCUUGUCCCAAUGUCCAAAACAAAAGAAGAAUGCAUUGCUUUUGAGCCUCUGGUCUCCUGGUUCAACAACAGGCUUAUAUGUAUGAUACAUGUAAUUUAAACAUCCAAACAAACUGUCAAAAGGAAAAUGUUGUGUGCUUUUUGUUUUCUUGUUACACUGAAUACUUGCUGUGUGCAAUGUUUACUGAAUCUUUAAAACUGUGUAUUUGACCUUUUUUUUACAACACUGGUGACAGUCAUAUGGUUUUGAAAAAAAGGAACUUGGCUUCUUCCCCAGCUUUUCUCACUUUGACCCCAAACUCCCACUUUUCCCCCCCACCCUCAUUUUCCCCACUGCCUGUGGAGUGAUUGAUUGACAGUGUCCUUGUCCACACAUUGUAAACUGCUCUGCAUAUAAACUGAGGGUAAAAUGUUUUUCACCUUAAUGUUAAGGGAGAAAUCAGAUUCCCCAAAUAGUGUGUAUAUAUGUAAUAACAGCAUCAUACAAAUACAUAUAUGCAGCGCUUGUUGUCCAAGUAAAAAUUAAAAUAAGUGGGAGAGAGAGGAAGAAGUAAAACCAUAUGAAACUGAAAAAAAUAUAUAUGAAAUGGACAAAAAGCUUUUUCUUAAAAACAAAAACAAACCAAACUUUUUACUUCCAUCAUACUUUUUUAGCCUGUUGCUACAGAGAGACACAAAGUGAACAAACUGGUAUGACUGUUGUUCUCUUGUGUGUUUGUGCUUGUAAUGAAAGUCGACAGCCAAUUUUCUUGUGGUCUACUACUGUGUCACAGUGAAAGAGACACUACUUUGGGUAAAGAUUUCUCUUCUCCUGUACCAACUGUUACAGUGUUAUGUUGUGUUUGAAAUGUAUAUGGUUUAUUUCAAUCGGAACAGAAGCUGUGGGUUUCUACAAAAAGUCAGGUAUUUGUUCCCUAACCUGUGUCUCGAAGCAAAGUCACUUUUGUAACAGUUUACCACUAGGCUUGAUGAUAAUGUGAAAGACUGAAUUCCGAGUGGGUUAAGAUGGUAUUAAUCAUGUCAGUGUCAUGUCACUAAGUUUAAUGCUGCUGUAAAAGAAGUUUUUUAAAGCCAAUCUAUGGACUAAAUUGCUUCCAGGUGAUUUUUGAUUUCCUAAAGUGCACUGAGGUUAUCUGGAAGAUUGGGUGUAUUUUUCUCUGACUGCUGCUUUCAACAGCAGUGAACAACUACCACUGUAUAGUCGUAGGUCUAAGGGGUUCGGGUGGGGGGAGGGGGUGGCUACCUUUGUUUUCCCAUUCCUCAGAACAGAGCAGAAACGAUAGAUUUGUUCGGUGGAGUAUGGCUGGUGUGCAGCGGAGGAACUUAAGUAUCCAGUCUUGGGUCAGAAGCCUGGCACAUUGCUAGACAAAAGGAGAAAAGCUUGAAGGAAAAAGAAGCUAAAUUUAAUGCUUCAUAGGUAGGAUUUAUAUUUAUAGCAUCAAUGUACAUUUUGAAACUUUCUUUCAGAAGUGGGAGUUAUGGGGAAGGGAAAAGGGGGGUGGGUAUGAAGGGGUAGAUGAAAGCUUUAAUUUAAAAAGAAAAAGUUUGAGUAAAGGAAAUUAUUUUGAUUAAAUAUAUUUUAUUUGAUCUGGGUAUUUUUGGACCACAUUAUUAAAUUAAUUGUUAAGCUGCAGUUGAGUUGUUCAAGUGAGAGUUUGAUAAGCCACGUAUGAACGCAUUGUGAAUCACUUGCCAGUUGUACUUUAUGGAGCUUAUUUUAUGAUUUAAAAUACUGUACUGUACAUAGGAGGUAUGUUACCUUCUCCUUAUUUGUAUGUUUACCAUAUACUUUGAUAUUUGAAAUGUUAUGUACUGGAAAGGCCACUUAUAUUUCUAGAACAGAUUGGAUUUUAUGCAACCUUUUUUCCUUGAAUUAACAGCAAUAAAAAAAAAUGAAAA